AUGUCUGAAUGGAAAGUUGACCCUGAUAAUAGAAGAAGAUUAUUAAAACUUCAAAAGAUUGGUGAAAAUAAAAAAUGUGUUGAUUGCAAAGCACCAAAUCCACAAUGGGCUUCACCUAAGUUUGGUAUUUUUAUUUGUUUAGAAUGUGCUGGUGUCCACAGAGGUUUGGGGGUUCAUAUUUCCUUUGUUAGAUCCAUCACUAUGGACCAAUUUAAACCAGAGGAGGUUUUAAGAAUGGAAAAAGGUGGAAAUGAAAAUUUUAAUGAAUUUAUGAGUUCACAUGGCAUUUCUUUGACUUUACCCCCUAAACUAAAAUAUGAUAACCCUAUUGCUGCAGAUUACAAGGAUAAGUUAACAUGCUUAAUAGAAGACAAGGAGUGGACGGAACCAGAACAUCCUGAUUUUGAUCCAAAAUCAUUGUCAACUAAUCUAUCGUCUACUACGGUCCCUACUUCUAUUGGUACUGAUAAUGCUAGUUCCAAUAAGCAACUUGAUAAAAGGGGGGAUAGUCCAGCAAUUCUUGGAAAUCGUCGUUCCAUGUCUCCAGCUAAAGCUCAAAAAGAAAAAAAUGAGUCCUUUUUUAAUGAGUUGGGCAAGAAAAAUUCCGCUAAGCCGGAAAACUUGCCGCCAUCACAAGGUGGAAAAUAUCAGGGAUUUGGCAACACUCCUAUAAAUAAUACUGACAAACAGGGACCAACUGUUAGCAUAGAAAAUCUUCAAAAUGACCCAUUGGGUACUUUGACAAGAGGGUGGGGCAUUUUUACUAGUGCUAUUUCUAAAUCCGUAGAAGAUGUUCAGGAGUCUGUAAUCAAACCGAGCGUUGAACAAUAUCAAAAAGGUGAAUUACAGGAAGAGGCUUGGAGGGCAGCUGCCCAAUUUGGUCAAAAGUUUCAGGAAACUAGCUCUUUUGGUUUACAAGCCAUUUCAAAUUUUACUAAAUCUCUACAAGGACAAUAUAACUAUACAACUUCAGAGGGUAAUGGUAGUAAUAAAUAUGGCAAUCUGUUUAAUGGUUUAGAAGGAAAUGGUACUGUAAAUACUGAUAAUACUUCUAAGGUGCUUGAAAAUGAAGCAGUUAAAAAAAACAGGGGUAAAAACCAAGAUGACGAAUGGGAUGAUUUUUAG